AUGCGUCAACUGACUGAAGAAGAAACGAGAACGCUAUUCAGCAAGCUUGCUCACUACACGGGGCGAUCGCUGAACAACCUCAUCGCACCCCCCACCGAAGAGGGACCUACCGGCGAACAACAUGUCUUCCGUCUCCAGGGAAGCCGUGUUUUCUACAUGCCCCUGAAGCUCGCAAAUCUUUCGGUCUCGAUCCCUCGUGAAAAUCUGCUGUCUAUGGGAACAAUGAUUGGAAAAUUCACCAAGACUGGCAAGUUCCGUCUGGCCCUCACUUGCCUGGAUGUGAUCUCGCCCCACGCCCGUUAUAAGGUUUGGAUCAAGUCCAACGGUGUCAUGCCCUAUCUGUACGGAGGAAACGUCCUCAAGGCCCAUGUGCACAGAUGGUCCGAGGAUCUGCCAGAGCACGCCGGUGUGCUAGUGUUCGAUGAUAGCGACAACUGUCUUGGUUUCGGUGUCACUGCGCGGUCUUCCGCUGAGGCAAAAAAGCUGGACCCAACAGGUAUUGUUGUGUUCAGACAAGCCGACGUGGGAGAAUAUCUCCGUGAGGAGGACUCAUUGUUCACGACCUAA